AACGGAAUUCUAUCGAACUUAAAAUCUAGGUUCAGUACCAAUAUUGGACAUAAUCGGAUCAAAUACUCGGUAACUAGAUACGUUGUUUGGAAACCAGAGUUCUCUUCAUGCCAUUAUGUGUUUCAGAUUCAGGGACGGUUCUAGGAUUUGAUGUUAGACGGCAUUGGGCGCACAUUUUAUACAUGUAGUUAAAGAUAUUGUUUUAUUGACGAAUAAUCUUUUUAAAAACCAAAAUCAUCUGGUUUAUUUUUGCAUUUAUAAAUAUCAGUACCGUUUACUCUAGUAAAGUUUGUCGAUGGAGUUAACAUGAAAUAUAACAAUUUGGACGCACUACCAACCUCAUGGUAAAGCAGCUUUGAACAAGCAAAUUUAGACUAAGAGUAAUAUUUUAUAAAGAAAGUAGAACAAAUAUAAAUAAAUAUAAAAUAUUGUAUUUACAAUUUCAAUGAACAGUUAUAAAUAAUACGUCUCUCUACAUUUAUAACGGACCUAAAUUAAUGAAAAAAUGAGGAUUAAAAAGUGGUGUGUAGCCGUGCCACUUCAAACAAUUUCACAGUUACCUCCCUUAGUCUCUAAUUUGCCCUUAAUUUCUUAAUGCGGUCAAUUUGACAGUUGCCUGUUGAUCAUUCAGUUACUGAAGAUUCAGGGACGGUUCUAGGAUUUGAUGUUAGACGGCAUUGGGCGCACAUUUUAUACAUGCCAUGCAAUGAUGAAGCUCCGGGUGGCAGUGAUAGGAGGUGGAGCUGCAGGGCUGUGUGCCCUGAGGCAUCUGUCUGCAUGUGGGGAGAGGUUUGACCCUGUUGGCUUCGAGCAGCUGGAUGGGGUUGGGGGCACCUGGCGGUAUACGGACCACAUUGGCACAAUGGAGAAUGGUAUACCCGUACAGUCCAGCAUGUACAGAAACCUCAAGACAAAUUUACCGAAGGAAGUGAUGGCGUUUCCAGGGUUCCCGUUCCCACAGAAUCUACCCUCAUUUGUUAAACAUGAGGAUGUUCUCCAGUACCUCACUGAUUACUACCAACAUUACGACCUGCACAAGUACUUAAAAUUAAAUACUAGGGUUGACCUGGUGGAGCCAGUCAAGGCAGGAACCAGGACUGAGUGGAGUGUAACCUACAGCUCAGAAAACCAGUCACAGACUGGACAGUUUGAUGCCGUCAUUGUCUGUAAUGGCCAUUAUGCAGUUCCGCUGCCGCACCUGGAAGGCGAGAAGAGUUUUCAGGGGGAAAUAACCCACAGUCACGACUACCGGGUACCAGACGUGUACAAGGACAAGGUUGUCGUCUGUCUCGGGGCCGCAGCCUCUGGACAGGAUGUUAGCCUUGACAUUGCCACUGUGGCAAACAAGGUGAUCAUCAGUCACAAUAAACCUAGUCUCAAAACUGUGUUACCAAGCAACGUGUGUCAGCAGACUGGUAUUGAUCGCCUCACAGAGAAGACUGCUGUAUUUACAAACGGAAAAGAGGAACCAGUCGAUGUCAUCAUGCUGUGUACUGGCUACAGAUACAGUUUCCCAUUUCUGUCUCCAAACUGUGCAGUGAAUAUAGAGGAUGAGAGGGUAACUCCCCUGUACAAGCACAUUAUUCACACCAGGUAUCCAACCCUGUCAUUUAUCGGCAUCUGUAAGACGAUCUGCCCAUUUCCCCAAUUUGAGAACCAGGUUAGAUUCGUGUUAUCGAUGUUGGAUGGUUCCAUGCCCCUCCCUAACCAAACAGAGAUGGAGAGGGACACAGAGAAGGACUUCCAGGCCCGGCUUGCAGAGGGGCUUCCCACCCGCCAUGCACACUCCAUGGGGCCGCGACAAUGGGCCUACAACGACAUGCUUGCACACAUGGGCGGUUUCGAGGUGAUCCCGCCAGCUGUACAGAAUCUGUAUGAUGAAGUUCACAGGGUCAGAGUGACCAAUUUGCCAGGAUAUAAGCGGAAGCAGUAUAGACUGACGGGGGAGGAUUCAUUCCAAGAAAAUGAGUGCAUUGGAAGCUAGCUAAUACCUUGGAUUAUUUGAUUGUUUGAUUAUUUAAAAGAUAUAUAUUCAAAAUUUGCAGUUUAUGUGAUAUUCCAGAAUAUAAAUACUGUUAAUGUUUUUUUUCUGAAACACCGAAUCUUACAUUAUGAACUUCAGUUUAGUGUGUGCCUUUGAGCUUAGUGUAAGAAGUCGAUUUCAUUCAAACGUUUGGAACCCUGCAUGUCAUUGUAAUUGUUCUGAAUGUCUACUUUGUCUUGAAAAUAUAUAUAUUGCAUUAUAUAAGUAAGAAGUUUAUGGGAAAGACUGUUCAUGGUUCAUA